GAUACCCUUACUUUAUUUGCUUGCUACAGUCAGUCAAGCCGAGCCUAUGAUUGCAGCGGAUGUCAGAAACAGGUGUCUGACCCCGUAUAUCUGAGCUCCUCUUUCGGGCGCUUAGGAAUUUCGCUUGCGCACAACCGUUUGGGCAUAGAGAUUUAUGCGCAUGAGUUUGGGCUCAUUGGCUUGGGCGCACAGAUUGACAGGGUCUCCUUGCUGUACUACGCGCACAAAUGUGUGCGUGUGCAUUCUUCUGUUCUGUCUACUAGGCAUAAGAAGCGGCGCCUUCGAGAGGAAUUGAAAAACGAGAAUGCUCUUGGCUGCAUCUGA